AUAAACUCGAUCUUGACACCAUACUCUCAGCACCAAAAGCUCUUGUAGCUCGAUCUCCAAUUUCCUCAUACAUAUACUAGAUAUUUAGUGCUACAUAAGCAUGGCUUCCAAAGUUCAACUCGUGUUUCUUUUCUUGUUUCUCUGUGUGAUGUGGGCUUCGCCAUCGGCAGCUUCUCGUGACGAACCCAGUGAUCCCAUGAUGAAGCGGUUUGAAGAAUGGAUGGCGGAGUACGGCCGAGUUUACAAGGACAACGACGAGAAGAUGCGCCGGUUUCAGAUAUUCAAGAACAACGUGAACCAUAUCGAAACCUUUAACAGUCGCAACGGAAAUUCUUACACUCUCGGUAUCAAUCAGUUUACCGAUAUGACAAAUAACGAAUUUGUUGCUCAAUAUACUGGAGUAUCUCUCCCAUUAAAUAUCGAGAGAGAGCCAGUGGUGUCGUUUGAUGACGUAGACAUCUCCGCGGUGCCUCAAAGUAUUGAUUGGAGAAACUACGGUGCCGUAACAAGUGUCAAGAACCAAAACCCCUGUGGUUCUUGCUGGGCAUUCGCUGCAAUUGCGACGGUAGAAUCAAUCUACAAGAUCAAAAGAGGAUACUUAAUAUCUUUAUCGGAGCAGCAAGUUCUCGAUUGUGCUGUAAGCUACGGGUGCGAUGGCGGCUGGGUGAACAAGGCCUACGAUUUCAUCAUAUCUAACAAGGGCGUGGCAUCCGCAGCUAUCUACCCUUACAAAGCAUCCCAAGGCACCUGCAGGAUCAAUGGCGUGCCCAAUUCAGCUUAUAUUACUGGUUAUACACGUGUGCAGAGUAACAACGAACGCAGCAUGAUGUACGCUGUGUCGAAUCAACCAAUAGCUGCUAGUAUUGAAGCCAGUGGAGACUUUCAACAUUACAAGCGCGGUGUGUUUAGCGGACCUUGUGGAACUAGUCUCAAUCAUGCCAUCACCAUUAUAGGUUACGGGCAGGAUAGCAGCGGAAAAAAAUUUUGGAUAGUAAGGAACUCAUGGGGUGCCUCAUGGGGUGAGCGUGGAUACAUCCGUAUGGCAAGAGAUGUGUCAUCGUCAUCUGGAUUAUGUGGAAUCGCCAUACGUCCCCUCUAUCCCACUCUACAAUCAGGGGCCAAUGUCGAAGUCAUUAAAAUGGUUUCUGAAAGUCGAAGCUCAGUGUAGGUCGAUCGGAAGUGAUCACUGCAUGCAGUUUGCUAUCUUAUUUGCUUAGUUAUAAAUAAGGAUGCAUGUACGCAUCCAAUUGUUCAGCUGCUUGCUUCGACAUUAAUUGUGGUAAGUUUCUGUUAUGUUUCUGUGUGUUCAGUGAGUAUGUAAGCUAGUUUGAAGAUCUACAAUAGAGAGUGUGCUCCUUAAU